AUGGAUGACGGGGCUGGCAAGAAUGCGCGACAACUUCUCAACACCUUCAGGUAUCCUUCCGCCAACCGGUCUAAAAUAUCCUAUGGUAGCCAGACAAGAUUCAGUUCACAAAUGAUGCCAUCUUCUCGGCCGUCAUGGCCGUCGCGGAUGGAAGGGCUGGUCGACUCCGACCGUGGCGUGGCUCAAUUGCCAUCGGAGCACAAUGAUCUACCCCUUGACGCUUUUGCAGCCAAAACUCCUAGUGGUCCAUCUCGCGCAAUAGCUUCUAGCCCUCCGGAGUUGGAGCCUCUUGACAGCCCUCUCAAAAGCGUUCACGGUGGGAAUAGACCAGCGUCCAUUGCUCGAGCUAACCAUCAGGAGAAUAUUCGCUUUCAUUGGCCAUUGCCCAUGACACUCUCCUCUCCCCGUACUCCAUGUCCCUCUGGCACCGUGGCUCCCAACAACGAGCCUUGUGAGAUACAGCUGAAGCAUGCACCGCCAAUUAUACAAGGAAUUCAACUAGUACCUACCCACGAGUUACCUGACCGGCUCCGGUCCAUUUUUCCAUUUUCUGUUUUCAACGCUAUCCAGUCCAAGUGUUUCCGCCCGAUUUAUCUCAAAGACGACAAUUUCGCCAUUUCGGCGCCUACCGGAAGCGGAAAGACUGUGGUUAUGGAACUGGCAAUUUGCAGACUCAUAUCGAAGAUUAAGGAUAAUAGGUUUAAGGUAGUGUAUCAAGCACCUACCAAAUCUCUCUGCUCUGAGCGAUUUCGUGACUGGUGUGCGAAAUUUGCCGCUUUUGAUCUCCAAUGCGCUGAGCUCACAGGAGAUACGGAGCAGUCUCAGCUCCGAAACGUUCAAAAUGCGAGUAUCAUUAUCACCACCCCAGAAAAGUGGGACAGUAUGACGAGAAAAUGGAAGGACCAUAUGCGGUUAAUGCAACUCAUCAAGUUAUUUCUGAUCGACGAGGUUCACAUACUAAAGGAGACUCGUGGCGCGACUUUGGAAGUCGUAGUAUCGAGAAUGAAAUCAGCGAACUCGAGUGUUAGAUUUAUCGCUUUGAGUGCUACAGUGCCUAACUCCGAGGAUAUUGCAACAUGGCUAGGGAGAGAUCCUACUAAUCAACAUUUACCGGCUCACCACGAACGAUUUGGGGAGGAGUUUCGUCCUGUCAAGCUCCAGAAGUUCGUUUACGGAUAUCAGUCUAAUGGGAACGAUUUUGUGUUUGAAAAAGUCUGUGAUUCAAAGCUUCCUGAAGUUAUCUCGAAACACUCACGAAGAAAACCUAUAAUGAUUUUCUGUUGUACUCGUCAUUCUGCGAUUUCAACCUCAAAGAAUUUGGCAAAAUUGUGGACGGCGACAAAUGCUCCUGGUCGCCUGUGGAAUAGCCCAAAGAAGCCAAUUAUAGUCCAGAAUCAAGACUUGAAAGCAACUGUCUCAACAGGGGUGGCCUUUCACCAUGCUGGUUUAGAUACCAGUGACAGACACGCUGUCGAAAUGGCAUAUCUCCAGGGGCAUAUAAGUGUAAUUUGUUGCACUUCUACCCUAGCUGUUGGAAUUAAUCUUCCUUGUCAUUUAGUGAUUAUAAAAAACACUGUUUCAUGGCAGGACCAUCAUCGCAGAGAAUAUACAGAUCUAGAGACGAUGCAAAUGCUCGGUCGAGCAGGGCGCCCUCAAUUUGAUAAUAGCGCCACCGCUGUGAUCUUGACCAAAAAGGAGAGGGUAGACCAUUAUCAGAAACUGGUGACAGGAUCGGAACCGUUAGAAAGUUGCCUACAUUUCAAUUUGAUAGACCAUUUGAACGCCGAAGUUGGCCUGGGCACCGUGACAGAUAUCGAAUCCGCCACUAUGUGGCUCGCCGGAACUUUCUUUUUCACUCGCCUGCAAAAGAAUCCAACAUACUAUAAUUUGAAAGAAGGAUGCGAUAGGGCAGACGAAGAGGAGAUGAUGAGACAAAUAUGCGAAAAGGACAUCAAGCUUCUGCAAGAAUGCUCGCUCAUCACGGAACGAGUUCCAUUGAAAUCUACCGAGUUCGGCGAUGUGAUGGCUCGUUAUUAUGUAAAAUUUGAGACGAUGAAAGCCUUUAUAGCGCUACCGCCAAAAGCUAAGAUGUCAGAGAUUCUAUCUGCCAUCGCCCAAGCAGAUGAAUUUCGGGAAAUCAGGCUCAAAGCCGGCGAAAGGUCCUUAUACAAAGAAAUAAACAAGUCCGAUGGGAUAAAAUUCCCAAUAAAGGUCGAUAUCGGACUCACCUCUCAGAAAAUUUCCCUGCUUAUACAGUCAGAACUGGGUAGUGUUGAGGUUCCAGCCGCGGAGCAGUACCAGAAACAUCGAUUCACGUUUCAACAAGACAAGAGCCUGGUAUUUGCCCAUGUUAAUCGGCUGAUUAGAUGCAUUAUUGAUUGUCAGAUAUCCCGUGGAGAUUCGAUAAGCGCCAGGCACGCUCUUGAGCUUGGUCGAAGCCUUGGAGCAAGGGUUUGGGAUACUUCACCGCUGCAGAUGAAACAGAUAGAUCAAAUUGGUGUUGCUGCUGUGAGGAGACUCGCAUUAGCCGGCAUUAAUAGCAUAGAGGCUUUGGAGGCCGCUGACGCCCAUCGAAUUGAUGCCAUCCUAAGUAAGAACCCUCCAUUUGGUAUGAAGCUUCUAGGGCGGCUCGAAGUUUUCCCUAAGCCUAGGGUCUCUCUAAAGAUGAUUGGAAAGGAAACAAACCCCGGAAAAUGGCCUAUAGUCACAUUCAAGGCAGAUAUCGGUUUUAUAAAUGAGAGAAUUCCAAGCUCAUUUAACAAGAAGCCAGUUUAUGUCUGUUUCCUAGCGGAGACAUCUGACGGUAGAAUCAUCGAUUUUCGGCGGAUAAGCGCCAGCAGGCUACACAGCGGUCAAGAUAUUAUGCUGAAGGCGGAGCUCACUCAUUCAUACCAGCACAUCACAUGCUAUGUAAUGUGCGAUGAGAUAGCUGGGACGUUGCGGCAGGCAGAAUUAAAGCCAAAUUUCCCAGAAUCUUACUUUUCAGGAGCCAAAGUUUCACGCGCCGUUACUACUCAUUGGCCUGAAAAAAGUGUGGCCCGAAGUCCCAUUGGAAACGCCACACUCACCGGCAAACGUCCCGAUGAGUUCUCUAAUGAUGGUCUCGAUGAUAACGACUUAAUUGCUGCCGUGGACAGCUUGAAUGUACGGAAUAAGGACGUAUGGGCCAAGCAGUCGAAUGAUUCUACGAACGUUUUGAAGAAUUUGAGCCAGCUAAAUGCUCAAGACAAAUCCGAGGCUCCUAUUCAGCUUAGUAACGGAAAAUGGGCCUGUAGCCACCGGUGUAAAGACAAGACUGCAUGUAAACAUUUGUGUUGUCGAGAAGGCAUCGAUCGGCCGCCAAAGAUUUCCCAGAAGCCUGGAGGCGAAGAACCGAUAGGAAGCGUCGAAAAGGCCCAUGGAGAGCCUGCGAAUAUCCAGGUAUCAUCAAGCUCGAAUUUUAGUCAGAUAUCCGUACCAAAUAACAACAGAUAUAAUCACAGUGAUACUGAUGUGAUUGACCUUACGGGCCCGAGUAACGUCGUGAAGUCCGCGCUGCGAUAUAAAUACGUGAAGAAGAGGAAUGAAAAGGAAUUCGACUUUCAGAAGCCGUCUAUAGCAGUAGAACAGCAUGCAUCCAAGUCAAAUACGGUCAAAGCGGAUAAUGUAAAGAAUCUUAGUGGCACCUCCUUUCUCGGUUCCGGUUGGGAGAAUGGGUUAAACGGUGAUGCUGACAGCUCUAGCGACUUUGGAAGCGUUGACAUAGACGACCUGUUCCCUCUUUACAAUGAGGUCAAUUCUGAACAGAAUACAGAUGACCCCAAGUCCACCGUAUGUCGCAGUCCGGUAAACAAUUUCGACUAUGACGAUUACUUCGACGUAGAUGUUGACAAUACUUUUGAAGCACAUCAAUCACCUGAAAAUGAGGUUACAGAAUAUGACCAAUAUAUCUUGUCUCCAGACAAGCCUAUCCCGGAGGUCUUUAGUGCAGUUGAAGAAAGCCCUGCAAACUCAAUAUUUUUAAAAUUCGAAAGCACGGUCUCACAACAAGCUUCACCUUUGAAAUCCACUCUGAAUCCAACUAUCUUUUCUCCUACUGGCGUUGACUCCCUGCUCAACCCGAGCGUCAGUAGUGAUUCUCUGUUUUUCCAUACUCCUAGCCGCUCCGGGACAAAAAGGAGCCGUGACGAUGGAGAUAAAGGAGAGCACGAGCUUAUAGAAUCCGAUUCGAAGCGAGUACGGGUGGACGCAAGCGGCAAUUCAAACACGGGCGAAGCUCUCGAUGGAUGGGAAGAGGUUGAUUUAGAGUUGCUUGAAGAAUUCAAGGAUAUUGUGGAUUUCGUUUGA